UUUCGAUGGAGAAGAAGGAGAUGGAGGGAGGCGACGAGGGAGCUGGGGAGGCCCUCAGAUGCAUCACUGAGAAGGUGCAGUCGCUGGAUGGAGAGUUGCAGCCCCUCAGCGGGCAGAUUGUGACCGCGGCGCAGGACGUCGCCACCCAGGUGCAGCAAUGCAUCCACCAACACCAACACAUCGUAGCAGGUGGGUGCCCACACCAACACACAAACGCAAAUAGAUGCAUUGCAUCCAUCCCUUCUGCCAUUUCAUCUCAUCUGCUGUCGUCACCAUACCAUCAGGUGCGCGUGAGAAGUUGUCGGUGUUGUCGGCUGAGGUAGCGGUAAGGGAGGAGUCGUUGACGGCGGCGAGCGAGCGUCGUGAGGCGGCCAUGCGUGAGGAGGCCGAUAGUAAGGCACGGGAGGCCGCGGCGCUGGAGCAGCGGCGGGAUGCCGAGGGCGCCCGUGUGGAUGGGCUGCACAAGGAGCUCAAGCAUUACCAGGCCAAGAUGGACAGACUCAAGGACAAAGAGAAGAAGGAAACCGAACACAAACGGUACGUGGGGUGGGGCUCACCUCAUCAAUAAAGGGGGAGGGAGGGAGGGAGGGAGAGGGGCACAUCAAGGGCCAAAAGUGGAAUGGGUUGGGUGCGUGUGCUGUGUUGUUGUGGGCUGUGUGAAGGAUGAAGGUGUACAUGUACGACGUGAUAACCAAGAUGCGGUGGGGCAAUGAGUUCCUCAUGACCCCACAGCAGCUACAGGACAAACACAUCGAAGCCAUUCGCGGAUGUACACCACUCACUCACACACGGACACAAACAGACACCACACAUGGACAUGAACCCAUUCCCCGCCUGUCUGUGUGUGUGUGUGGCUGCCGUCCCAUGUCAGGGGGUGCGUUUGAGAAGGGCCAGCAGGUGAGCAGCAGCACCAGCAGCAGCAGCGCGGGUGCCAGCGGCACCUUGGUGUCGGUGCUGCCGUCACUGUCGAGCACCCUGCCCGAGCUGGCCCUCAUCAAGCUCCCCGCCCACCUCUCGGAGCGCGAGAUGUCCGACCGCAUCUGGGACGUCGUGUGCGACAAAAACAUUCCACAAUCAUUCAAAACCAACACUUAGCUUAGCUAGAAAGAAGGUGGUGGGCGAUGGAGGCAAGCGGGACUAGUACAUAGCAUCCAUGUGUGUGCGGGGUGGGGUGGGGGAUGGCUGGCUGUUCGGUGUGCUGGGUCGGGUCAUUUUGUACAGCUGGGAUGGAUGGAUGGAUUGAUGGACGCCUGCAUGUGGCACACACACAUGACACGGACGGUCGUUGAACAGAAUCGACACACGGCGAGAUAGAAAGCCGACACGAACAGACAGAAGGAUAGG